CAGAGUUUUGUUAUAAAGAGGAGUAAAAAAAAAAAAGUGUGAGGCCCACUGGACAGGACCCACAGGCCUGAAUUGAAGGGAGGUAUAUAAACAUUAUCUCCCCUUUUGUGGGGUCACUGGAAUCCAAUCCAUCAUCAUCGUCUCACUUUCACUUUUCAAUCCCCUUCUCUCUCUAAAACCCUAAAAAUCUCACCUUUUUCCCCCUUCAAAUAACAUGAGCUCCGAAAUAGUUCUCCAUCAGCAAUUUUCCCAAUCAGAACCUCUUCCUAUUUCCUCCACCGUCACCACCACAACCACUACCACCGGCGUCGCCCUCAGAAAAUCCUCCGGCGCCGGCGCAUUAUCCACGACUUCAUCACGCUCCAACAAGGACCGCCACACCAAGGUCAACGGCCGCGGCCGCCGCGUUCGCAUGCCGCCGCUCUGUGCCGCCCGGAUCUUUCAACUCACACGCGAGCUCGGCCACCGCUCCGACGGCGAAACCAUCGAGUGGCUUCUCCGCCACGCUGAGCCAUCCAUCAUCGCUGCAACCGGCACAGGUACCGUCCCUGCCGCCCCGGUCUCUUCCUCC